AUGAUCGCGACUCGCUCAGUGGAGCGCGGCUACUCUGCCCUCCACAACUCAAGCCAGCUCCACUCGCGUGUGCUCAUCCUCCCCUCCGCCACCUUGCACACCAGUCGACUCAUCGCCGACAAGAACAACAGCCACAACAGUUUCUGCCGUCAUAACCUCUCAUUCAGUCGUCCUGUACAACAACGGCACGCACAUACCAGCGUCCCUUUUGGCUGGACCGGGUUGACGCAGGACGGGAGCCUCCCGCCGCCGGAUGAGAACCCUCGUCAGGACCCAAGACGUCCUAUCGAGCGGGCUCACCUCCCGUACGGAACGCCCUUCAGGCCCGGCCCUUUACUGCCUUCAGAUGAUUCUGCCCGUUCUGGCUCGAUCACCUACUACCAUGCCGCCGUCGAGGCUCUUCUCUGCGCCCUCAGGAAGGGGGAUACCUUCCAGCUGUACCUCUGUCUCAUGAAUCUUGUGCGUGGCUAUGAGACAGAGUCUGGAGCCCGCGUCUUCACCGAGGCCGUGGCCAGUAUUCCCGCAACCACUUUCUCGGAAAUCUUGAGAAGCUUUGACCCCAACAAUAUCGCCGACAAAAUCGAUACCGCUCCUGGCCUGAACAUCUCGUGGGGCGUGGCCGUCCACACCCCCUUGGGCGAGCUGGUCAACAAAUGGGGUGUCAAGGUUCUUUACGUCCGCAUCCUUCGCCGACUCCGGCGCAUACAGCUUGCUCGGCGGCAAGCCAAAAUUGUGCCGCUCUUGAACGACUACGUCGUCAUGAUCAGAUGUGCCGGCGCCACCUCCGACAUUGGACUAGCCAAGGAUGUUUGGUUGUCCAUGACGGGUGACCACCGUGCCAAUUUUAGGCACUCGGAGCUGUACACCGAGUUCAUCAAGGCCAGAUACUUGACAGAGAAGAUCUAUGCAAAUAACGACCUGGUCAGGUUGAGGCUGCGACCCUUGGACAUGCACCGCAGCAGCCUCAACCUGCCAGGGAAGGUCCACUUAAAGCUUCGACAUCUCUCCGCACGCAUUACGGACCUUCGAAAACAUCGCUUCGGGAGCAACGCUCACGAACGAUUCUUUGACGAACCUCUAACCAUGUUGCUUCGCAAGCGAGAUCCCUUGAGGAAAUUAGAACGCACAGCAUGGCUGCGUGUUUUGACAGGCAGCGGUAUCGGUGAGGAACUCAUAUGUGCCCUCUUAAAGGCAAAUGGCCGCGCUGGUCGCCUUAGAGCCAACAAUUCCCUACUGAAGAAACACUGGGGCGUUCUAAUCCACAUAGACAAAGAGACCGAUGAAAUAACUCUUGAAGGAGGUCACACCUACCCGCCCGGCUCGCCCAGAGCACCCACAGCUGUCUUGCUUGACGCCAUUGUUCAGGGUUAUUGCUGUCAGGGGGAGGUAGCCUUGGCCACAAGACUACUCGACUUCAUGUCACAACGCUUCAAUAUCCCUGUUCCUGACCACGUCUGGUCUGAUCUGAUUGAAUACACUCGGGUCAUGCAGACAAAACCCGUCCAGAAUGAGUGGGCCAUCGCCAAAUUCCGACGCAAAGCCACCAAAGCAGAUCAUGUGUUGCAGGUGUGGGCAUUAUGCACCGAGGCACCGUACAGCUUUCAGCCACAAGCAAGGGACUACUACAACCUCAUCAGGUCGCUCGUCAAACAGGGCCAGCCGAUGGUACGGCCCAUUGAAGCCCUCCGCCAGAUCAGGCCGUUGUACGAAGAUGUCGUAGACGCUUGUGAGCAGGCCUGGUGCGAACUGAUGCAGACCACGGGGCAGCGCGUAACCAAUCUCGCAGCUUUUCGCCGCUACAAGGUCCUUCAAGCCAGGAGAAACUAUAUGUGGUAUAUGUUUCACCAUAGUAUUUACCUGAUCCUCAAGGAUCUCCGGCCAGGCCGUAGCGACGACCAAAGCGCGGUCAGAGAAAUACCGAAACUUCUUGGCGACUUUGAGCAGUUCCUUCCGCUGAAUAUUUCUUACAAGGUCGCGACCGGCGUGUUGGAAUUCUCUUCUGACAACGCGCUCGAGAAAAACAUGGUAGAAGUGAAGCAGGCUGUGAUGAAGUCGCCGCCGCUCUCAGAAGCUGCGAGCAGUGCGCAAGACGAUGGGGACGAUGAAUGGUUGCAAGAGCCUUGGGAAGAUGAGGAAACCGAGGGCGAGCAUCUAUUACAACAGCUGUUACCUGCGGAAAGUGAAGUUGAAGCUGUCAGCGAAGACCAGGCCGUGGACUCCAAGAGUUCAGCCACCGAAGACGAACAGGUGCCGGAGUAUAUCAGCACGCCUCAGUGGGCCUCCGCGAGCCGGGAAUCUGAGAAGCCGGCGUACUUGUACCGGCCGCGAUUUAGCGGGCCGUCGGACCAGUUGUCGAUGCUCACGAUACGCCGCGACGGCGGCGAGUUCACGGGGUUCUACGAUGACCCGCUGCGACGGCACUUUGCGGCGCACAGGCUGAUCCGGACGACCAGGAGGGUAGUCGGGGUGCCUGUUGACAUGGUGCGGUUCAAGGAUCGGCGGAGGCGCCACGCGAAGAUGGUGGAUGAAGUGCUGAGGAUGAGGACGUGA